UAGCUGAUAAUAGUAGAACUCUGAAUGUGGAUUCAACUGCAAUGACUCUACCUAUAUCUGAUCCAACUGCAUGGGCCACAGCAAUGAAUAAUCUUGGAAUGGCACCACUGGGAAUUGCUGGACAACCAAUUUUACCUGAUUUUGAUCCUGCUCUUGGAAUGAUGACUGGAAUUCCACCAAUAACUCCAAUGAUGCCUGGCCUAGGAAUAGUACCUCCUCCAAUUCCACCAGAUAUGCCAGUAGUAAAAGAGAUCAUUCACUGUAAAAGCUGCACACUCUUCCCUCCAAAUCCAAAUCUUCCACCUCCUGCCACCCGAGAACGACCACCAGGAUGCAAAACAGUAUUUGUGGGUGGCCUGCCUGAAAAUGGGACAGAGCAGAUCAUCGUGGAGGUAUUUGAGCAGUGUGGAGAGAUCAUUGCUAUUCGGAAGAGCAAAAAAAACUUCUGUCACAUUCGCUUUGCUGAGGAGUACAUGGUGGAUAAAGCCCUUUAUCUUUCUGGUUACCGCAUUCGCCUGGGCUCUAGCACUGACAAAAAAGACACAGGCCGGCUUCACGUUGAUUUUGCACAGGCUCGAGAUGAUCUGUAUGAGUGGGAAUGCAAACAACGGAUGCUAGCAAGAGAGGAACGCCACCGCAGAAGGAUGGAAGAAGAAAGGUUGCGCCCACCAUCCCCACCUCCAGUGGUCCACUAUUCCGACCAUGAAUGCAGCAUUGUUGCUGAAAAACUAAAAGAUGAUUCCAAAUUCUCAGAAGCUGUGCAGACCCUGCUCACCUGGAUUGAGCGAGGAGAGGUGAACCGUCGCAGUGCCAACAACUUCUACUCCAUGAUCCAGUCGGCCAACAGCCACGUCCGUCGCCUGGUGAACGAGAAAGCUGCCCAUGAGAAAGACAUGGAGGAAGCAAAGGAGAAGUUCAAGCAGGCCCUUUCUGGAAUUCUCAUUCAAUUUGAGCAGAUAGUAGCCGUCUACCAUUCCGCCUCCAAACAAAAGGCUUGGGACCACUUCACAAAAGCCCAGCGUAAAAACAUCAGCGUUUGGUGCAAACAAGCUGAGGAAAUUCGCAACAUACAUAAUGAUGAAUUAAUGGGAAUCAGGCGAGAAGAAGAAAUGGAGAUGUCUGAUGAUGAAAUCGAAGAAACAACAGAAAGAAAAGAAACUGAAGAAUCAGCUUUAGUAUCACAGGCAGAAGCUCUGAAAGAAGAAAAUGACAGCCUCCGUUGGCAGCUAGAUGCCUACCGGAAUGAGGUAGAACUGCUCAAGCAAGAACAAGGCAAAGCCCACAGAGAAGAUGACCCAAACAAGGAACAGCAGCUGAAACUCCUGCAGCAAGCCCUGCAAGGAAUGCAACAGCAUCUACUGAAAGUCCAAGAGGAAUACAAAAGGAAAGAAGCUGAACUGGAAAAAAUCAAAGAUGACAAGUUACAGGUGGAAAAAAUGCUGGAAAAUCUCAAAGAAAAGGAAAGCUGUGCCUCUAGACUGUGUGCAUCGAGCCAGGAUAGUGAUUACCCUCUGGAGAAGACUCUGAACAGCUGUCCUGUCAAAUCUGAACGCGAAGCCCUGCUAGUGGGAAUUAUCUCCACAUUCCUUCAUGUCCACCCAUUUGGGGCAAGCAUUGAAUAUAUCUGCUCCUACUUGCACCGUCUUGAUAAUAAGAUCUGUACCAGUGAUGUGGAAUGUCUCAUGAGCCGACUCCAGCACACCUUCAAGCAGGAAAUGACUGGAGUGGGAGCCAGUCUGGAGAAGAGAUGGAAAUUCUGUGGCUUUGAGGGCUUGAAACUGACCUGAAUCCCUUUGCUUAACAACCUGGGAUCCUGAAAAUACAUGUGUGUUGGACAAGCUUUUAGAAAGUGAUUUGUAUUUUCAAUGCUUUUCAAGUGGAAAUUGCUUUAAAUUUGGCAGUUCAUUCCUGGAAUCUCUUUUGAGUUAAAAUAAGGAUCCUAGAACAGCACAACAGGCCCUAUAAAGAAGUCGACUUAAACCUCAAGUGCUGUAACUUCCUCUCUUUCUGUCAAUUGGUUGUCUAUUUUAUUAUUAGUAUUAAAAAGGCCUGAGGCUAAUGCGUAUUUAGGGUGUUUUCAGUGUCUGUACUACUGUUGUAGACUUUGGUAUUUUUUAAACACUGUUAACUGAAAUGUUUUGAUGAUUUGUACGUGAUUUGUGUUUCAGAACUUCUCUUUACAUUAAUGUUGCUACUGGUGAGAGGAAUGACAGGAGCGCUAGCGACUCCAUAACUGACGUUGUCUUUCCAAUUCCCAGUAGGCCAGUGAGUGAAUAACGCAUCAGUGUCUUCUAGAAGGUGCUUGACCAGGUUCACCUUUUAAAAGACAAAGCAUGGUUUGUGGCUUUUUGCAAAAUUACUGUGAACCAAACGUUGACAAAUGUUUCAGAGUUAUUUUCUCUAACGUGUCAAAAUUGAAAAAAAAAAAACACAGUGUAUUCACGGAAAGCAAGUGUCCAGUAUGACUGGCAUGUGUAUGUGGUAUUCAGAAUCACCUUGUAAAUAGUUUGCUUUUAAAGGAGGGCAUGUUUUCUAUGUAUUAAAACACACCUGUGUGCUCACCCUCACACAAACACACACAUACACAUUGGCAGAAGGAGUCUAUUUUAAUAUGCUUUCUCCUCCAGCCUUCUGACAACGUCUGGUGGUCCCUUUUCUUUUACUGUCAGUGUGUUGAAUUGCAAACCAUGUACUGCUGUAAAUACUAUGUUUACUUCAUGCUGAGUGUUUGCAAACAAUUGAUAAGAGUAUUAAUAGAGAAUUCUUGAUAAUGAAUAAAUAAUGGGCUAGGGUGUGUGAAGCUUCGUGCAAAUAGGUCAGCUCCACCUGGAGUGCUGAGUGCUGAGGACAAGUCCAAUUGUGCGUGGACCAGUCAGAAGUCCUGCUUGAUGGGAAAGAAAGGGAAACGAUGAGGACUGGGGGCUUAUAUCCUGAGGCAGAGGUGGUCUUUUCUUCUGUGGUGGUGGUGGUGCUUAUAAUAACAUCAGCAUGCCCUCCCUUGAGUCCUGAUUGAAAAGAAGAGAAUGUACUAAGUAAGCAAGGCCAAUGAAGAGUAUUUCAGGAAAAUACUUUGUAAAUCAGAUGUCAGUAGUGUUCAAAGUUGUAUUUUUAAAAGAUAAAUGUUCCUUUUUAUACCUCA